GUUCUAUGGUUCUUCUUGCUGUAUUUAUUUCUUGUUGAGAUUUAUAAUUGAAAGCGAAAUAAACUUGAAAUUAAUUACUAAAGACCAUGUUUCUAACAAAUAUAUUAUUUAAGAAAGCUAAAAGCAAGCACAUUAUGGUGUUAAUGGAGAGCAUGGUGUCGGGCCAUAAGUUUAACGCUAUUCGGGAACGACUGGCGGACAAAUUAGAAUUAAUACGAUUCGACCCUUACAUUCGGCACCUAAGUCUGUACAAGGAAAGGAAGAAGAUUAGGAGCAUCAAGUCAUCAUAAAACAUUAAUGUAGGUAGUCCGUAAACUUAAAUAAUAGCCAGUGUUGUGUUUAAAAUGUUUUCAUUUAAUUAUUGUACAUUAAACAAGAAAUAAAUCUUUGGAUACAACAUA